AUUGUCGCUAUAUAUGAAGAUAUCUCUAUAUAUAGAUGCAUCCAAGAAUGAAGAAAUGCAACUCAAACUCAACAAUUGUAGCUUGCUAGUUCUUUCUUUUGAUCAAACAAUGGCUUAUGUUAAGCAUGCUUUGGUUGUCAUCUUUCUUGCCGCUUUCGUAAUGUUUCCGAUGAAGAAGGUAGAAGGAUGUGACAAGACAUGGUGUACCUCAAUUAAUGCAUAUUGUGGAGAUGGUUGUGGUUGUCUGGCGUGGGGAAUUUUUGGUGGUAAUUGCAUAUACAGAGGUUAUAUUAAGAACGCAGUGAGAGAACAUUACAACUUAUGUGAAUCUGACGACGACUGCGUCAAGAAGGGAAGUGGGAGCAUCUGUGCUUAUUAUCCUAAUUCUGAACUCGAACAUGGAUGGUGUUUUACCUCUAACGUUGAAGCAGAACGCUACUUCGAGGUUCUCUCUAACCCUGCUGUAAAUAACUUCUUCAAGAAAACCACUUACUCCGAUGAAAAAGAAUUUGUGAAGAUGGCUCUAGAAUGAUAUUGCCACUUAAUGAUCUGCUUAAUAUAUCAUGCAUCUACAUAUUACGUACUUAUAAUAAAGGAAUCUUUGUAUAUCCAACUAAUCAGUUGGUUUACUCAGAUAUAUAUCCAUCUGAAUUUCAAUAAAUGUAGCCUAUAUGCAUGAGUGUGUGACUGUAAUAUAUAAUCAUCAAUGUAAUAUAAAGUAAUGUCAUGAUUCUCAUUUCUCUUUC